AUGGGGUGCUUCACCUUUAUCAAGGUCAUGAUGAUCCUCUUCAACCUGGCCAUCUUCCUCAGUGGUGGGACCCUCCUGGGAGUUGGCAUCUGGGUCAAAGUGGAUGGAGAGUCAUUCCUGAAAAUAUUUGGGACGCUGUCCUCCAGCAUCCUGCAGGUUGUGAAUGUGGCCUAUCUCCUCAUUGUCAUUGGUGCCAUCCUGCUGGUGAUCGGCUUCCUCGGGUGCUACGGUGCCCAGAAGGAGAGCAAAUGUCUCCUGAUGAUGUUCUUCUCAGUGGUGCUGAUCAUCUUCAUUGCUGAAGUUGCUGCUGCCGUGGUGGCUCUGGUCUUCACAGGUCUUGCAGAGACGUUACUGACAGGGCUGGUGACCCCACUGCUGAAGGAGAAGUAUGGGGUGGAUGAGGCAUUCACACAGAUCUGGAAUGUCACCAUGUCAGAGGUUCACUGCUGUGGCCUGAAUAACUACACAGACUUCAACAACUCCUACUUUUAUGAUACACACCAUGGCUACCCCGUGCAGUGCUGUGACACGCAGGAACCCUGCAACAGCACAGUGGCUGCAGAAGUGGCUGUCCAGGGCUGUUUCAAACAGAUCCUGGAAGAAAUCAGGACCAACGCAGGGGUGGCGGGCGGCGUGGCAGCCGGCAUCGCUGCCCUGGAGAUUGCAGCCAUGGCCGUGUCCAUGUACCUGUACUGUCGGCUGGAUGAGAAGUGACCCCCUGAGGCAGGAGGAUGACCUGCCACCCCCCAUGCUGGGGUGCACCUGUGAUGUGCCAUGCUCUCAGGGGAACCCCAUCCCUCCCCAGGUCUGAUGCUCUCCUGUGCACUGUGAU